CCUCUUCUCUAUGGCGCAGGCAGCCACUCCUUGGGAGCAGGCCUUGGCCCUGUACCAGCUCCUCUUCCGGUGGCCUGCAGGCCUGGGCCAGCUCCGCGCUGCCCUUUGGCAGGUGAGCAGGCGAGGUACUGCACCCAGGGAGGUAAGCAGGAGCCUGAUGCUAUCUUGUUGCCUCACCCCCAGGUGCAAGAGGGCCAGGUCUGUCCUCCAGGGCUGGAGCUGCCCGCUGUACUGCUGGAGAUGGAGACGAGCCAGCGGGCCGAGGAGCAGCUCCUCUGGGACUUGAAGCUGCUGACCGGGUCAGGGCUGGGCCUCUUCUGGCCACGCUGGGCCCGGUUUGGUGGUCAGAGGAACAAGGCUCAGCAUGCAUGGAGCCCUCUCGGUCAACCUUGUGGUAGGAUGGGUGAGAACUCUGAGCUGCUGAGUUCCUGGCUAAACCCUCCACCCCAGGCUGUGGACUCCAUGAGCCAGAACCAUCAGCUCCUGGAGGGGAUCUGGAUGAAGCUGAGAGUGUUGCAGAACCAAGACUGGAAGGCCCUGGCAAACCUGCAGAGGCCGCACCUGAAGCGACAGUACAGCCAAGGGAAGAAGGCAGCCCCCGGGGUCAUCCGAGGUCCCCAGAUGAACAGUGGCGAAAAGGAGAGCCCAGGCCCCCAGGCAAGGACCACGCAGAUAACUCGGGUCAAGACAGAAGGCCAGAGACAGGAGUGCGCGGCUCUGGCAACGCUGGGGGCCCGGGAGGGGACGCGGGCUCCUCUCCCUGCCCUGAUGCCCGGGGCGCAGCCUCAGCUCCCAGUCUCAGGAGCCGGGAGGCUUGCGGCACGCAGCACCGGGGACUCUGGGGAGCAGAGGGGCGGCUCUGGGGGCCCCAAGACACCGAAGCCCGCGUGGCCGACGGGCGUGAGCUCGGCGCAGCAGGAGACGGCUCUGCAGCGGCUGCUGGAGCUGCACGGCGCGGCCAGAAGGCGGCGGCGGCGAGACCGCGAGCAGCAGCGGCUCCGGGUCCUGGAACGGCUCCGCAUCGCCGGGAACCGCCACCGCCGAGUUCACCCCUUGAGGCUCCCUCCUAGCACAGCUCAGCUCCCGCCACCGGCAAGAAUCCGGGUCAGAAGGCGGCGGGGCCCCCGGCACGCUGGUGGCGGGGUGGGCGGCGGGGACCGAGCACGGCGGGUGCGGUGCGCGGGGCCGCCCCCUAAUGGCCGCACAGCUCUGCCCGCCCAGGAGGACGCGGCCGGGCGGCGGCGCGCCCUGCAGGAGCAGCUGCAACUAGUGCACGGGAAGAGGACCGGUUGGCUUCUGGCCCUCAGGGCCAGGAACACCCAGAACUUCCAGGAGCUCCUGUGCCCUGGUGCUGAGGAGCCUGCGCCCGAACAAAAGUGCCCACCUUUCCCAGCCCAUCCUGGCCAUUGCUGGGUCCCCAACGAUGAUUAA